UCUCAUCCCUGCUGCUCAGAGUCAGGGGGCGCAGUGAUGUUGGUUGGGGAUGGGAGGGAACCGUAUUACGGUUUGCUCAAAAGUUUCGAUAUCUUUGGCGAGGUUGUUUCAACUCGGGAACUGCAAAAGAAGUGAUUCAAGAUUUGCAACUCCCUCCUCCUCGACAUACGUGAGUUCCUUAAUACGACUAUCAGGGGCUCCAAGGGUUAGGGUCCAUUGCUUCCUCAACUUAAGGCUUGAGCUCUAAUUAAUCACCUUCCCGAACCCACAUCCACCUCCUGCCGCUUGAACUCCAACACGACUCCCACCAUGCCGCUCGUAGACCCAAUAACGAUGUCCUCAUCACUCGUCAAGGGCGCCGCCGCUCAAGCGCAAGCGACAUCCUCCAAAGCCGCGACCGUCACGUCGCCCUCGAGCACGCCGCUGCACCCGGUCCAAACCAAGCAAACCCCGCUGGCGCAAACCGCGCGCCAUGCGCUCCCCGCGCUGCUCGCAGGCCUAUUUCUCGUGCGCUUCGGAGCACUCGUCUCCGAUCCCGUCUCAGCAAUGACCACCGCCUUGCCCGUGACCGCUGCCCUGCAGAUGAGCUACGCGGUCCUCUGCCUGCCCGCCGCCGGAUCGCAGGGCGCAAAGCCCGCACGGAAACCGCGACCGGGCGAGAAGAAGCGCAUUGGGGCCGAGGCGACGGGGCCCAAUGCCUUUGCCACAUCCCUCCUCUCGCUCCUCCUCUCCCUGCUGGUCACGCCCUUCCUGCACGCCGCGCUCGUCCUCUUCGGCGCACCCUUCCUCACCCACGGCGCGCACACCCUGCUCUGCGCGGCGCACCUCUCCCUGCUGGCGCUCUUCCCGCUGUUCUACGUCCACGGCGUCGACGCGGCCGCCUGGGCGGCUGUCGGCGGCUUCAGCGCGCCGUUCGACGAGACCUUUGGCGGUCUCGUGGGUGGCGCGGUCGGCGCCUGGCUCGGCGCGGUGCCCAUCCCGCUCGACUGGGACCGCGAGUGGCAGAAGUGGCCCGUCACGAUCCUCUGCGGGCUGUACGGCGGGUAUGUGCUUGGCAGGGUGCUGGGGGGUACGCUGCUUUGGGGGAAGAAGUUCUGAAAGGAGUAGUAGGAGGUGUGGUGGUGGUGAUGUAAGAUCACAGGCCGCACUUUGUGGUCGGAAAUAAAAAUGCGAUAAUACCCUUAUUACAAGCUCCUGGAGAGGGAUGGCUCCAAGUAUGGGAGAGAGCACUUAUAGUACCUGUAGAUAAUCUAACCGGACAGUGACCUAAUAGAAUAGACACCCUGGGGUCAGCUUCACAUUACGUUCGCCAAUGGAUAACUUACCUACCUGGUACCUGGUAGUC